AAAGCAGGAAUUGUUUCAGGAAGUAGUGGUGUGUUGGCAUUCUGGAGAAAUUUGGAUCGAAGAACAAAAAAACAGACAUUUCAACCGCUCUGCUUCCUCACGUACGUCAACUAGGGGAGGUAAAAGCUGAGGAACUGCGCCUAAAUAACUCGUUUUUUCGACAAAAAGGAUAACUAUAGUAGAGGAAGGAUGGGCAAGAAGGAUGCCGGUGCCACCAAGUUACCAGUUGAUCAAUACAGAAAGCAGAUUGGCAAGCAGGAUUACAAAAAGACAAAAUCUGUCUUAAAGGCGACACGAUUGAAAGCUGAAGCAAAGAAAAGCUCCUCCGGAUUUAGGGAUGCAUUCCUGGUUAUUGCAGCGAUUUUGUUCUUUGUCCUCUGCGUUUACGCCUUCUUCUACCUGAACCUGAGCACAGAGAUCAACCUGGAUCUGGACAUGGAUUAACGAGUUGUGGACAGUAAACUAAAGCUUUUGGUUCUUCCUUUUAUGGGCAAAGACAAAUAUAUGAAGUAGACGAUGCCUUUGCAAAUUUGUUAGUUACCACUCAUUCAGACCCAGAUAUAAUUUCCCUCAGGUUUGGCUGUUUGAAUAUGGCAAACAGUCAUAUUCUACCCUUUAUAUGCAGUGAGGAGACUCUGACUCUGUGGGGGGUAAACACAUCAAACGUUGCAGUUUCUUGGGUUUGGUUAAUUUUAUAAUCAUAGUUGCUGUUUAGCCUUGAACACUUUGUUCUCAUCCUCUUAAUUCAAAAGUAUUUUUGAAUUUGAAUGAAAUUUAAGUACUUAUACUCUGGAACACAAAUGUAUUGAUUAGUUUUUUUCUGGGCCAAUAAUUUUUUUCUGUGUGAUUUGUUUUUUUGAAUCUGACCAAUUUCUGCUUUUUGAAGGACUAAAACUCAAAACUUUGUUUUGUUUCACCAACUGAAUGUAACAUUUUUACAAAGUAGAUUUGUACAAGAAAUGUACAUUUUAAAAAUCUAUUCAAAUUAUUAUGCAUUCAAUGAAUAAAUUGUGAAAGAAAUUCAAAUUUUCUGUAUUUGAACAAGCGACAGACCUAAUGAGAGGACUUCUAGUCACUAUGCCGAUUGAUUGGUGCGUCACUUCUGCAAUAAUUUCCCUGCUAAAUCUUUAUACAGCAAAGACAAUGAGCUUCUUUUUACACCUCUGAGCCGUUCCAGUCAUAUCCCGCUCAGUCACGUCCCUUUGUUUUCCACCGCUAAUAGAAAAAUGUAAAUCUGCUGCUGCUGCAGCUACAGACAAACCCCUUCCUCACAUUCCAGUGCACAAAGCUUUCCUCGUGGAUAUCUUGAGAUCACGAAGUGUGAGAUUAGAAUCCGCAAAGCCCCGGUCCUGAUUGAACAUGUGUGCAGAAUACAGAACGCCACGGUGCACCUGCUGCACACAGACAGGCGUGUUCACGAGAACUGCUGCAAAUGCAAUCCGGUUCUUUUAUUUAAAUAGAAAUUAAAGGCUUAAAAAGUGGAGCAUAGAACCCAGAAUUGUUUUUCCCUUUUUAUUUGUAUUAAGAGAUAUGAAAGUUGUUCAGAACUUUUUUUCUACCACUUCUCUCUUUGUGCAGCCUUACUCCAAGCUGUACGGAGUGACCUUCUAUCCGCUGUUUAAGCCCAAGUUCUCCUACUCUGUUUUGUUAGUAAGAAAGUAAGUAGUCAAGGGUUUCUGAUGACAGUUUUUCUUGGAAAAGUUUUUUUCUUCUCUUUUGUACUUUUUCUGUGAAACGUUUCACUUGCUUCUUUAUUAUUUUUUGCAAAAUACACAAAAGGCAAUACCAAAUACAUAAGCAGCCUCUCAUUCCUAGCCUUUUUUUUUUCUUUCCAAUUGAAUGAAGGUCUUAAAGUCUGAGUCUGAUUGUGUUCUGCUGCUGAAAUGCCUUGUGAAAUGUGAGACAGAUUUUUCAGCUCUCAGCUUAUGUUUUCUCCCACAACCUUGCGACCUCUAGUAAAUAGACUACAUGUCAAAGAAACCAUUAUGAUUAGAACACACUCGUACCCUCAACCGGGGGCUUUUAUCACGCUGUGGUACAUCGGGACCCUCCUCCUCCUGCACUGUGACUCACUCACAUGUGUAACAAUGGAGAGCCGGGCCUAAUAGACCUUCAAACAUGACACCUGUUAUCUAAAAGCUCACCAUUACAGCUACAAGAGCUCUGACAUCAGAAUAAUGGAAAGUCUCUCUGUGCUUUUUGUAUCGGUUCAGAUGAUAUGUUUAAUAUUUGUGUAAUGGUUUCUACUAUUGUUAUGCCUGUUAGAAGAGUGCAUGAACAUUACUGUUUUAUAAGGGGGUUGUGAAAACUUUGGAUUUUCUCAAAUUUUCUACUGCGGAAUGUAAAUUGAUCUGCUGUUAAAUAAAUAAAAAAAUACUGCCUUAUAAUCACA